CUUGUGUUAGUUGCUAUUUGCAAGCAAGAUGUAUUUAUCUGCGUUAAAUUUUUGAUAAGAGAAAAAGGUUAAACCAAAACUAGGCAGCCCAACUCGGCAGCUUGGCUGACAGGAGGACGCUGUCAUUCUCUGUACUACAUAUAUCUGUGGUGAAGCCAGUUGACCUCCAUCAACAUGUCAGGGUCACUGGUGGCCUUUGAAAGUGAGCUGAACGCCAUUGUGAAAGAGUACCUAGAGUUUGCUGGUUACGAGCGUGCAGUCAGUUCAUUUGAAACGGAAUGUUCAGAGAAAGGGAAGACGAUUUCACCCUCCAAGAAAGGUGCCAAACCCCCCAGGACCAACUCCAGGCUCCUAGCAGUACAGAACGAGAUGGUGCAGCUGUUCCAGUAUGGAAAACGAGUAGAGUUUUUCAAAGUUUGGGAGGAGAACCUUGGUGACUCUGUGAAAAAUGAGGACAGCGUGGCCAUGAAGUUAGAGUUCUACCUGUAUAUCUAUUUUGCCAUCUAUCCCAUGAUCCGUGGGAUGGGAGAUGAG